AUGCUAUCUAGCACUUCUAUUCUCGAAUUUCCCAGCUUAAGAAAGACGCGUAGAUAUGGUGCAAAGGUAAAGACUGGGUGUCGAACAUGCAAACUUCGACGUGUUAAGUGCGAUGAAAGGAAGCCUGCAUGCGUGAGAUGUACGAGCACGGGCCGUAAAUGCGAUGGUUACGCCCAAGUUGCAGGCUUCAACCCCCAAGCUCUCGUCCCUACCCAAUCAUCCAGCUUCCGGAGUACUGUUCCGAUGCUAUCUGGUCUUGGCGACAGUGUUCUCUACCUGGAGUUCUACCAUCACUGUGCCGCCCCCACGCUUGCCAGCAACUUCGACCAUGAGUUCUGGUCUCGCAUAGUCCUCCAGAUGGCCCAAUCGGAGUCUGCUGUUCGGCAUGCUGUGAUUGCAUUGGGUUAUCUUGUCAAGACAGAGCCGGGUAACUUGAAGCAUGCUCGCUCUGUCUCUGCGAGCGAUAGCCGUAAGACUCUUCUCCUUCAUUACAACAAGGCGGUCCGAUGCCUUGUCCAUCGCAUGGCCGAGUCCUCAUACCCUAUAGAGGUUGGGCUGGUCACUUGUUUGCUUUUCAUCUGCAUCGAGUUCCUAAGAGGCGAUUACUAUACCGCGUUUACGCAUCUUCACAGUGGUCUCAAGAUCAUCGCCGAGUGGUGGCAGAGGCCCCAGAAUGCUUCGCAGAGUAGUUUACCAUCUCUACCGUCCUCUAUUGCGAUUGCGAAAACAGUGGCUGGCCCGAGUAUAAUUUCGGGUAAACUUAUUCCUAUGUUCAUCCGAGCGAUAGCGACUGGACUACUGUUUGGCGCCCCGUUCGAGCCGCUCCUCAAAAGAUUUUGCACACGCCCGCAGAUCCUCCAAGGCCGGCCUUUCACAAGUGUUCUGGAAGCCCAAUCCGCGAUCUAUGGGCUGCGAAAUGCGACUGUGAUUUUGGUCUCGGUAGUGACUCGGAAGGUCAUCUCGGGAACCAAACCAACGACGAAAGACUUGCAAUAUCAUGCCUACCUUCUUAGUUGCCAUGAUUCCUGGUUUCGGGCCUUGCGGAUCUUGGAACGCGAGGGGAAGUUGUCGAGAGAAGACAGCGUUGUAGCAAGCUCACUCAAAAUAUCACACUACUCUACUUACAUUGCCUUGGCGGGCGCCAUCGAUGCCCACCAAACCUCCUUCGAUGCGCAUAUCUCUAGCUUCAAAGCUUUGAAUCAUCACGCCAAGAUCGUGCUCGACUCCAUGAAUUUGCCCACUUCUUCUCCAUCCGCUUCCAAACAGGGAGCCGCUCACUUUACCUUUGAGAUCUCACUGAUUCCUCCGCUAUACUUCGCCGCGAUUCACUGUCGUUGUCCUGCCACUCGGCGUGAAUCAGUCUCUCUCCUUGCCAGGAAUCCGCCACGAGAAGCCCUCUGGGACCCUAAGCAGCAUGCUGUAGUAGCAAGGCGCGUCAUCGAGAUCGAAGAGAGAGAGGUUGAUCAGGAAACAGGCAGGCCAGUCCAAAGAACCCGGCUCGCGAGCGCAAAUAUCCAUGGAGAUAUGGACGAGAAUGGCGGAUUCUGGGUUAGUUUCACGUCGGCAUCUUGGAUGUUGAAGGGUAGGGUACCGCGAGAUCCUAGCCGUCGUCGGGGUCAUGGGAGCCCGAUGUGGCCGGAUUCGGAAUGGGACGAAUGGUUCGUAAUGUGA